AUGACAACAGCAGUUAUUGAUUUGAAUGACAAACCAACAAUAGCAGAUACUGUUAUUGUUUGCAAUACAAUAUCUUCAAACAGAGUGGAAAAAGAUCCUGAUGUCGAUGAUGAUCUAACAAAAUUAAAAAGCACAGUAACACAUACACUACCACUGGCUAGUAAUGAUAAAAAACUUUCAUUGAUUAAAAUUUUAUGUGGAUCAAGUAUUACACUAAUUGUUCUUGCUAUUGUAUCCGUUAUCCCUCUUUUACAAUUAAUAAUUGGUUGGCGUUAUGCAGAUGAAUGUCCAGUUAAUUGGCGUAUACCACAUUAUUUAAUAGUCGGAGGUGCUGUUGGAUUUAUUGCUAUUAUAGCAGCUAUUUUUCAAGCAUUACUUGCAUUAUGUAUUAAACCGAAAAUGAAUGAAACAGAUCUAUCAACUCCAACUAUUGUAGCUGCUUGUGGUCUUUGUGGUAUUUCGAUAAUACUCUUCUUUAUCAUAAUUUUUCUCAUUGGUUGGUUUAUUGCUGGUUGUAUUUGGGUAUUUCGAGUUUGGAAUAAAGUACAAUAUCGAAAUUCAGAACGAUUGGAUUAUUGUAAUCCAAUAUUAUAUCGUUUUGCAUAUUGGUUACUUUUUAUAUCGAUUUUGUAUCAUCUAUUCACUUUAAUUCGCUCAUGUUGUCCUGUACGUCAACAAUUGAUGAAUAAUCGAAAAAAUAAUGCAAUACCUGUACCAACAACUGAACCAUAA